CAUGCGCAGUAGCGCUGCUGCUUGACAGCUGUGUGUUGCCCGAGUUGUGAAUCAUUGACUUCUUGGGUUGGUGAAAACGCAAAGAAAUGCAAAGUCUAAAUUAAGCUUUUAAAGGUUUUUUUGGCCCUUAGAACGCCGCAGUGCAAGAGGUUGUCCUGAACUCAUGGCAAGGAUGGCUGCCCUGCGUGCAGCCAAACAGGCUCUUAGGAGGGACAUCAAGCAGCGUGUUGCAGCGCUUAGUGAGCAAGAAAAACAACGACAGUCUAAAGUAGUUUCGCAAAAGCUGUUUGACCACCCCAAAUAUGCGAGCUGUGAUCGGAUCGCGGUGUUCCUCAGCAUGCACGACGAGGUGCGCACGGAGGAAAUCCUCCAGGACCUCUUCGCCCAGGGCAAGACCUGCUUCAUCCCCAAGUACCAGUCCACGGCUAGCAACCACAUGGACAUGCUGCGACUGCACAGCAUGCAGGACAUGGAGACGCUGCCCCUGACGUCCUGGAACAUCAAGCAGCCCUCUGACGACGACUUCACCCGGGAGGAAGCCCUGGCUACAGGGGGCCUGGACCUGAUCCUGAUGCCCGGCUUGGGCUUCGACCGGGCUGGGAACCGUCUGGGCCGAGGGAAGGGCUUCUACGACAGCUACCUGGAGCGCUGCAUGCGCCACGCCCGGGGGAAGCCCUACACCGUGGCCCUGGCCUUCAAGGAGCAGCUCUGCCCGGACAUCCCUGUGGACGACAACGACGUGCUCAUCGACGAGGUCCUGUACGAGGACCUGGAGUAGGUCUCUGGGCGGAUGAGAAGCUAACUAGCUCGCUGAAUGCUAGCGUAAUAACUAGCAUCAGUAUGUUUGGCUCAUGACGGUUCACUGGGGAAGAGUCCUGUACUAAAGCAUUGCCAGCCUCUCUUCUUGGAUGGAAUCACAGGCGCUUAAAGGCUGUGUUUGUUACACGGCACAGAAAAUCUCCUUGGCGUUUGUAUUAAUUGGGAAGGAAUGUGAAUAUGUACAACUGACUAUAUUUAGAAUUCUUAAUGAGUUUUUUUCUAAAAACUAAUUUUCUACAGUGUACAAAAUAUUAUCCAAAUAAAUUAGUUUUGGAGUGGA